AUGAGCGUCCCACGCGGUGCUGCUGUUGCUGCCGCCUCCCAGACUCACCUCCCCUCCCCUCCUCCUUCGUUGCCCCCGUGCCUUCCCCGCACCCCUCCGGCGGGCCUGGCAGUGCAAGCGCUGCUGGCGCUGGAGCGGGAGUGGCAGGCGUGGGAGUGGGCGGAGGGGAACGGCCCGUCCGGCAAGGCGUGGUGGUGCGACGCGUGGAACAGCAACAUCGACCUCAGCGUGACGUGGCGGGAGGGAGUGGUGGGGAUGAAGGGAUCGGGUUGUGAUGCUCGUUUCUUCCUUGCAGUGUGCAAGAGCAAUGUGGGUGGGGAUGAAGGUCAUCAGCUCUUCUCCUCGCUGCCUGCUGCCCGACCGCCCUCCCAUCGCCCACGCCUCCUCUGCAGGGACUUCCGGUGGUGGGGAUUAUCCGGCAACCUGGAAAUGCUCGGCCACUUCCCCCGCCUGCAAUACGUCCUCUACCUACCCCACCCACCACCCCUCUCGCCCACCACGGACCAUGGCAGAGACCUGCGCUUCACUGGAUUUGAAGGGGAAAUCCCUGCGUCCAUCGGCAAUGCCACCGCUCUCCAGCACCUGCAUCAGCAUCGCGGGACGGCUUCCCUCAACCUUCAGUCGCCUCACUGCACUCACCUUCCUGACGUCACACACAUGCCUCUACCUCCUGAGUGGACUCAAAGGCAGCUCCUCUCCUGCACGCGCCUCCCUCCCUCGCGCACUGCAGUCAGAGGAGGUCCCGUGCGCACGUGCUAUCAGCUGACGCUCAUUCUCUCCAUUACAGCUACCUAUAAGACUCCUGUGCUGCAAGGCCCCAUGGCCGACCUCUCCUCUCUCGCCCCGCUCACUCGCCUCCAGCACCUGUAUGCCCCUCUUCCCCUCCCCCUUCACUCAUCCCUCUCCGCCUUCCCCUCUCGCUCUGCCAACACUUGA